GAGCUCCGCGCUUUGGUCCAUCCCGUUCGGUGGCAGACCCACUCUGUGUGGAUCAUGUCGCGGCAGUGUGAUCAGCGGCUACAGCGCUGACUCAUCGCACGUACACAAAAAAAGACUCAUUGUUUUGCCACAUACAGCACUGAAAAACAAAAACUUCUACUUUAUUUUUGGCUCUGUUUUUUUCCCCCCCCCUCCCUUCCCAACCACUCCAUAAAAUCCCAAAGGAAAGAGGGAAUUGCUUGUACGAGAGAAGCGAGCGAGGAGAAGGAGAAAAAAAACAGAAUUUUCUUUUGUCGAGCAAAUUUAUUAGAAAAAAAACUUCCGAGAGGGGAAAAAUUUCCUCCAAUGUACGUUUUGGGUACCUGGGCCGAGAUGAAGCCAGAAAUCAGCGCGGCGGUGGGAUUUAUUUGCAAGCUCCUUCGGACAAAGGCGACAGUGGACGAGCGGCAGUUACAGACUUUCUGUCAGUCUCUACAGGACCUGCUGGCGGAGCACUAUCAACACCACUGGUUCCCUGACAAACCGUGCAAAGGCUCCGGGUACCGGUGUAUCCGGAUCAACCACAAAAUGGAUCCCAUCAUCUGGAAGGCGGCGAACCGGAUCGGACUGAGCGACCAGCAGGUCUUCCAGCUGCUGCCGAGCGAGCUCACCCUCUGGGUCGACCCUUACGAGGUCUCGUACCGGAUCGGCGAGGACGGCUCGAUUUGCGUGCUGUACGAGGCUCACCCCGGCGCACACGGCCCACGCCGCCAUCACCACCACCACCACCACCACCGCCUCGGCGCCGGCUCUCCCCCUCUGCCCUCCUUGGACGGCAGUCGGAUCAGCUGCAAGGACGAGCUGCUGCUGGGCAGGACCAGCCCUUCCAAAACCUACAACAUGAUGACCGUGUCCAGCUAGUGGCGAAAGGAGGGAAAUUUAAAAAAAACACUUACAACCCUCCCCCUCCCCACUCUCUUUCUCUUUCCAAAAAAAAUUCAAAAUCUGCACUGGAAAGAAAAAUGGGUUUGUUUAGGUGGGGGGCGGUGGGGGUGUAGGUGUUGCUCUGGAUGGAAUGGGGGGGGGGCAGGGUGGAAAAGAAAGGAAGGCGCCUUUAUUAUUUGGGACCCACACUGGGCUUUAAGGAUCGGUUGUCUCUCCUAAAUGUUAAGGAAGAGGGUAAUGUAGCUCUCACACAGGCUGUGUGGCAUUCAGGGAAAAAAGUCACAUCUCAUUUCCAGCAAUGUACCAAAUCCAAACCAAAAUUAUAUAUUUUGGGGAAGCGAAAACUGCCAGCUGUUUAUCGCGUUUUACUUAUUCCUCAAAGCAGUAUUUUGACACUUGGCAAAUUUGUCUUUUGUAUUUAAAAACAAAUUAAGAAUAUGGUGAAAUCUCUUGGAACUGGGUUUAAACAGCCUUUGUAGAGCUACAAGAGCACUGCUCUUUAACAUUUGACUAACCUACUUUGAAAUAGCUAUAUCUGUACAUUGCUAGCCUAGGGUUUUUCUAAAGUGCCGUCUUUCAUUUUUAGCACUGUUCAGUGAAGUGGGUGCGGACUGUAGUUUCUCCUCUACCGUGAUCAGGUAGCUUCACAAAUGUUUGAUUUGUGAAUUCUGUUGACCAUCUCUUGCUAUUUGAUAAAUUAUGAACUGCUGUAAAUUUGUACAGUUCAUGUAUAUUGAUUGUGGCAAAAGUUGUACAGAUUUCUAUUUUGGAAGAGAAAUUUUCUUCUCAAUUAUAAUAAAACAUUUCCUAUCUUGCCAUUUUAACGAGGACAAAA